UUAACUCUUCCAAUCUUCCCUAACUUUAAGUACGUCCGUAGAGAGUGUACAUCAAAUCUAAGCUUAGCUAGUCGAUCUCUCAAGCACCAAAAGCCUUUGCAAAAGCUUGUAAUUGUGAUCUCAAACUGAUACAACAAAAUGAGCCAGGAACAGCCGCGGAGGCCUCAGGAAGACAAACAGCAGGACAAGCCGCAGCCCAUCAAAUACGGCGACGUCUUUUCCGUCUCUGGGGACCUCGCAAAGAAGCCCAUUGCACCACAAGAUGCUAACAUGAUGCAGACCGCUGAGACCAUGGUGUUUGGACAGACUCAGAAGGGCGGUCCGGCCGCUGUCAUGCAGUCGGCCGCCACCCGAAAUGAAAGAUCCGGCCUUGUUCGCCAUGACCAGGCCACGGAUGUUGGUGGAAAUGAAGGUGUCACUGUCACAGAGACUGAUGUCCCUGGAAGCCGCAUCGUCACUGAAACAGUUGGUGGACAGGUGAUUGGGCAGUAUGUGCAGCCCACGCCGGUGGCGCAGGUAGCUGCGGGGGGAUUUAUGGAGCAGAACGCAAUCACUAUCGGGGAAGCACUAGAAGCGUCCGCCCAAACAGCCGGUGAUAAGCCGAUUGAUCAAAGUGAUGCCGCAGCUAUUCAGGCUGCGGAGGUGAGAGCCACGGGCAGCAAUGUGAUAAGCCCAGGUGGGCUGGCUGCCAUGGCUCAAUCUGCGGCAGCAUACAAUGCCGGGACUCUGAGGGAGCAGGACAAGAUCAAGCUCACAGAUGUCCUCUCGGGUGCUACUGCGAAACUGCCCGCGGACAAGGCGGCGACGAGGCAGGAUGCUGAAGGAAUUGCGAGUGCUGAGCUCCGAAACAACCUGGAAAUAGGAACGCGUCCUGGGGGAGUGGCGGCUUCAGUGACUGCAGCUGCAAGGCUCAAUGAGAAUAUAAAGAUGUGAUUUCCUGCUGUGUCCCCUUUGACUAAGUAGCAGUGCCCGUGGUGGAAGUAUAUAUCUAUGUAAAUUAAGUACUGGGUUUAAACUUUAAAAUAUUCUUAUUAGUAGUACAUGCCACAGUCUAGCUUCCUUUGUGUUUUGUAAACAAUCAACGGCUUGAAUGGGCUUUUAAAUA